GUUGAAAGCAACCAACAGGCUGUCCUUAUUAUCCAUCUUCCUUUCUUUCUCUCUCAACCUACUACACUCACUGGAGGAGCUGAGGAAGCCCCUAUAUUUGGAAAAAAUAAAUAUUAAAAUAUUUGGUUCAACUUCUAAGACGGAGCAUAUCAUCCAGACCUUUUUGCCUCUCUCUCUCCUCCUUCUUCAGUAUCAACUUUCAAUACAUUAUCCACUCCACUGUGUGCACAAAUCCAUGACUUCACAUCCUUUAACUCUCUAACAGGCAACCACUGGUCGGUGAAGGAAGAACUCAGCAUCCUGUUGCUGCUCUUGUCUGCAACUGCAAGCUUCCAUACCCAACAUAGACUCAAUGGAGGAGCAUAACAGAUUUGGAGUUUAUAGAAUGGAGGGGGAGUUUUCUGUGGACUUGAAGCUUGGUCAUGUGGGGAAUUCUGGCACUGAAUCAGCAUUAUCCAAGUUCAAAGAUGUUGCUGCUGGUGCUGGAGUCUCCAAAGUGGCUUCCUCACCUUCAGGGUCUUCUAAGAGAGCUAGAGCCAUUAACAGCACAACCCUGACUGUGUCAUGCCUUGUGGACGGGUGCAAUUCUGAUCUUAGCAAUUGUAGAGAUUAUCAUAGGCGACACAAGGUGUGUGAGCUCCAUUCCAAGUCCCCAGAGGUCACAAUCGGUGGCCUCAAGCAAAGGUUCUGCCAACAAUGUAGCAGGUUCCAUUCGCUGGAGCAAUUUGAUGAGAGAAAAAGAAGCUGCAGAAAGCGUUUAGAUGGACACAACAGACGGAGAAGAAAGCCUCAGCCAGAACCUCACACCCGACCUGGUAGUUUUUUAUCGAAUUACCAAGAUUUUUCAGGUACUCAGUUGCUACCAUUCUCAAAUCCACACGUGUAUCCUUCCACUGCCAUGAUGAGCACCCCUUGGAGUGGAGGGCUUGUGACUUCCGCUGCAGAUGCGAGGUUGCACAACCAGCACCACCAUCAAGAGCUUUUUCUAGGAUCUUCUCACAAAGAAGGGAAGCAAGUGGCAUUCCUACACGGUAACCAUAGCAACCAAAGCCUUCCCUUUCCGUCUCCUUCUGUGUGCCACACGCUUCUCAGGAGCAGCCCUUUAUCAGAAAGUUGUGGAGCGAGAAGCAAAAUGUUCUGUGAAAGCUUAACAACAACAAAUUCGGUGCAUGACACUCCUUGUGCUCUCUCUCUUCUGUCAUCAUCACAGACGCACACACCUGGGAAUGGUUUGAAUCAAAUGGUGCAGGCACCGUCGAUGUCCCUGAUGCAGCCCUUAGGCCUGAGUCUGCAGGAUAACACCAACUUAGAGUCUGUGGAGCGAGUUUUGGUUCCCAAUGGCAGUGACCACUGUUCCUCCAUGUAUAGCUUGGGUUCUGAUGGAUCCCACUGCAAUGAAGCCCCUCAACUGUUUCCCUUUCAAUGGGAAUAGAGCUUUUCAUCGUAAGCCAAUCAUUCAUAAUCACACUUUGUCUUUCAUUCCUAUUAUGAAUUCUGAUUUUCAUCCUAAGCCAAUCAUUCCUCAUCAUUCCUUAAACCAAGCCACUGCUUAUGAACAAUCCUGCUAUUUUUAUCUGUAUCUUCACGGAAACAAAAACUAAACAAUUUUACAUGCCAUUCACUACACUAA